GUCAGUCCCCUAUUCGAAAUCGUCAUCACGUCGUGUCCACGUCAGAUUAACGGCGUUAGAUUUACCAUGCCGUGAAAACCAGAGAAGUAUACUGCUUUAUAUGAACGCCCCCCCUCACUAUCCUCAGUCUGCAGCUCUCCUCCUUCCUCUCUAGCCAUGGCGAAGAUCAAUCUAAGCCGCAACUUCCUCUCUCUAAUCCUUCUCUCCCUCGUCGCGGUCGCCUCUGCAGCCGUCAUCUUCGAAGAACGCUUCCAAGAUGGAUGGGAAAACCGGUGGGUUAAAUCUGAUUGGAAGAAAGAUGAGAACAUGGCUGGGGAGUGGAACUACACAGCUGGCAAAUGGAAUGGAGACCCUAAUGACAAAGGUAUCCAAACUAGUGAAGACUACAGGUUCUUUGCUAUUUCAGCUGAGUUCCCUGAAUUCAACAACAAGGACAAGACUCUUGUCUUCCAAUUUUCUGUCAAGCAUGAACAGAAGCUUGACUGUGGUGGUGGCUACAUGAAGUUGCUUAGUGGCGAUAUUGACCAGAAGAAAUUUGGUGGCGAUACCCCAUAUAGUAUUAUGUUUGGACCAGAUAUUUGUGGCUACAGCACCAAGAAAGUGCAUGCCAUUCUUAACUACAAUGAUAAAAACCACCUGAUCAAGAAGGAAGUUCCUUGUGAGACUGACCAACUUACUCAUGUUUAUACAUUCAUCCUCCACCCUGAUGCUACCUACAGUAUCCUUAUUGACAAUGAAGAGAAACAAUCUGGUAGUCUGUAUUCUGAUUGGGAUCUUCUUCCUCCAAAGACAAUCAAAGAUCCCGAGGCCAAAAAGCCUGAAGAUUGGGAUGACAAAGAAUACAUCCCUGAUCCUGAAGACAAGAAGCCAGAGGGGUAUGAUGACAUUCCAAAAGAGAUCCCAGAUCCUGAUGCCAAGAAGCCAGAAGAUUGGGAUGAUGAGGAGGAUGGUGAGUGGACUCCCCCAACCAUUCCCAACCCUGAGUACAAGGGCCCAUGGAAGCCAAAGAAAAUUAAGAACCCCAACUACAAGGGAAAGUGGAAGACACCAAUGAUUGACAACCCAGACUUCAAGGAUGACCCUGAUAUUUAUGUUUACCCCAAGUUGAAGUAUGUUGGUAUUGAAUUGUGGCAGGUGAAAGCUGGUACAUUGUUUAACAAUGUCUUGAUUUGCGAUGACCCUGAGUAUGCCAAGAAGUUUGCUGAAGAAACAUGGGGGAAGACUAAGGAUGCUGAGAAGGCUGCAUUUGAAGAGGAGGAGAAGAAAAGAGAGGAGGAGGAAUCUAAGGAUGAAGUUGACUCUGAUGUUGAGGAUGGAGACGAUGCUGAUGAUGCUGAAGAAGAUUCUGAUUCUGAAACAAAAUCAGACGAAAGUGAAGACAGUGCUGAGACCAAGGAAGAUGUACAUGAUGAGCUGUGAGGAAAGAGCGCUGUGAAGAUUUGCUUACCAUUAUUUUGUCUGAUGAUAAAAAGGCAAUUAAGCUCACAAAAAUUUUUAUCUGAAUGCUAAAACUGUCUGGCAGAUUUAACUGUACGAACCCCUUUAGAAUCAAGAGCACAUUUUUCUUCUAUGGCUAGAUUUAUAAAAUAUUUUGGUUAUCUUAUUUGCAAAUUUUUCUUAUUUGCCUUCAUACUCUGUCCCUUUUUUCUACUUUUAUUUCGGCUCUAAUCUAAUUUUUG